CACAGGUCCAGACUGUCGCUGCGCAAAAAUAGCAGUCUCGACGUUGUAACUUUGAAUAACUUUGUGAAAUGUGUUGUUGAGAGUGAGCUGGUAUAUAAGACACUUGUCUUUCGAUCGUAAGAGAGCAUCAAACACAUCAUCAACCAGCUCAUCACUUCAAUUUCUUUCCUCUUUUCCCUUUACGAUUUCCUUGUUUCCUCGGUCAAAUCUUCUUCUCGUCUUUCCUCAAUCUUUACGAAAAGCGUUGAUCGCAUCCAAUCUUUCUCACCCCAAUCUUGACUUUGCAGUCUUCGCAACUUCUCCAGCACUUUUCAAACCACCACCAAUCGCCAACAUGCCUGUACCCAGCUACGGUGCCAUGCCUCUGAGCAAGAUGUUCCUCCUCGUCCGCAUCCUCCAGGCCCUCUGCAUGGUCGUCGUUAUCGGCAUCUGCAGCAACUUCGUCCAGAUGAUCGUCGUCACCGGCGCCGAGCCGCCCAAAGAGUUCGUCGGUACACUCAGCGUGACCUGCAUAGCAACCCUCUACAUCAUGGUCAGCGUCGGCUACUACUACUCCUUCGCCAACCUUGGUCUGCUCGUCAUGGCCGGCAUCGACUCACUCCUCCUCAUCGCCUUCAUUGUCUGCGCCGUCACGCUCGGCAAGCCCAUGAGCUACCUCAACUGCUACGUCAUCGGCAAGUCGAGUUACGAAGCUGAUGCCGCCAACGCGUACGCAUUCGUCACCUCGGCCACGCAGAACAUGCAGGACUGGACCGGCUCGAGUGUGUGGAACUGGGCUGGUGCUACGAAGACGAACUGCUUCCAGGGCAAGACUAUCUGGGGCUUGAGCAUUGCACUUUGCAUCCUCUUCACUACUUCCUGCGCGCUCCUGCCUACCCUCUGGUACAAGAACAAGAAGGCCACUCCUGCACCCAAGUCUGUCGAGGAGGCCUAAUCGCAUCCCACACAUCGUGACGCUAGCAGUCACAGCUUCUUAGAUUGCAUAUCUGACCUGAGCUGCCCCUUACUUUUCCGCUUUUCAAAUAACAAAAACAGUAUGCAUUGCGCGGCGUCUGGGUUUACUUUUAUUGACUGUCGCUACCGCUUCACUUAUCACGUUCUCCAGAGGGGACGGAUGCAGAUAUUGCGGGCCGAUAAUUGUAAUGAAUCAAAAUCAUCGCUGGAGCAUAUCUCG